UAUAAGUCUGUGAGUCACUGGCAUGGUUUGGUUCCUCGCCGCCGCUGCAUCCCGAGCUGCCUCCCGAUGAGCCGCCUCGUCCUCUCCGCUCUCGCCCUCCCUGCAGGGAUGUCCGUGGCCGCGGCUGCGGCAGGCUUCCAGCUCCUCUGCCAGGGAGUUGAGCACCCUGGGGAGAAAAAGGCCAGCAAGGAAGAGGAAAAGGCAACCAUGGGGAAGAGCAGAAGGCCUAUCAAGCCGUGCAACCUGACCGGCUGGUGGGAGAAUGAUCUGGGCUCCAAGAUGCAAGUGUUCGAGGUUGGCAAGGACGGAACCUUCUCUGGCCAGUACCACACCGCUGUGUCAAGCACCAAGAAACCCAUCCAGCCGUCCCCAGUGACUGGCUCCCAGCACCUGGAUGAGGAUGGACAGUGCACCUUUGGCUUCACUGUCAACUGGAAGAAGUUCUCAGACUCCACAGCUGUCUUCGUGGGCCAGUGCUUCAAUGGGGAUGACGGGAAGGAGGUCCUGCACACCUCCUGGCUGCUGCGAGAGAAAGUCGACUCAGAGCUGGAUGACUGGAAAGCCACCAGGACUGGGCACAACACCUUCACUCGAGCGGGCUGAAAGAAGGACCAGCAUCUUAUCCUGGCCACACCUGGGAGACUGGAGCCCCCUCAGCAGGAUCAGUGUGUACCAGCAUGCCCUGAUGUUUCCAGCUCUGGAGGAAGUUAUCUCAGAAAACAACAAAUAAAAUUAAAGAUAUUUAAACACAA